CAGACAACCCGCAGACCCUGGAGAUCCACGGCAACCAACCCUCGAAAUAGCUACAUAGUCAGCAUUCACGCCAACCGAGUACACGAUCAGGCAUCGAGAUACCAGCCAUUUCGAUUCGCGAUUGGAAAUUACGAACAAGCAGCUUUCGACACGACAUCAAGCGGCGACCAACAACCAACCAAGAAUUCCCUCCGACCUCGAAACAGAAGACAUGGCCUCCGAGACCAACAAGCCGCCUUCAAACCCAUCUGCUUCAAACAACAACAACAACAACACCACCAGCAGCAGCAAUCAUGACGAAGCCGAUCUCGCCAAGGUAAGUAGAACCCAGAAUUUCCCCGAAAACCACAUCGAUCAUCGCGACCAAACGAACGAGGCCCCGAGCAAAAGGAAUAGACCAAACCCUAAAAGACGCAAGAAGAGCAUCUCUCCAACAUUUCCACCUCACAUCCUACAGUAAAAAAGAAUUCUCAUAUCGUAUGAAUUCUUUAUUCUCACAUGGGAAAAAACAACAGGCGUUCCUCGAACUCGCCAAGGGCGAACGCGCCGCCACCGCGCUAGAGAACCAGUUAAAUUCCAUGGAGGCCAAGAUCGAAGCGUUGCUGGCACAGGCGGAGGCUCAGCAGCAGUCGCGACAAGCACA